CACCCAGCGCGUUUAUCAUUGCACGUUCAGCUGGCCGUGUUCUUGUUUUCUAGGGAGUUCUUAUUCUGUAUCUCUCAUUCCGAUAAACGACGCGCCGAAAGCCAACGGCAAUGAUUAUGAAGAUGGCACAACACCGGCAGGCCCCGAGCCCCUAUGUGAAGGAGGAACCACAGCAACACAGUGAUUCUGUCGUUGAAACGCCCUGGGCCUGUCCGAGCUCAGGUUCGCGGUGCCAAUUCAGAAGCGAUCACCAGUCGUCGUGCAUUCGGGACGACGCUAGCCACAUGCACAUAUCGUACCUCACCACCUCACCUACAGCAACACUUGGGAGCCAGCGGCGUCCGUGCAGACGAGCGUUUCGGGGUAAUUAUCCCCAUAACUCUCUGCCAUGCGAAAUUACCCAACACCACAUCUGCGCUGUUCUUUACGCCCAUGCCAAAUGCGGCCUGGAAACGUCAGCACACCAUUCAAUCAUGCGACCUUACCACCUUUGCCUUCCACUAGGCCAUACUUCGAGGGCCCUCUACAACGUUCAUAGCCAAUAUGGCCAGUCAUUCUAUCGGUCACGCUCUGCAAACAUCUGCAUGCUGCACAGCAGACAAACUCCGGAUGCUUGGGCCAUGGAGAAGGCGUUUGUCCCUUAUGAUGCAAGCGCAAACGCGUUUAGGUGGCACUGGAUCUGGUUCUCCAAUAGUGAGAGUCACCCACCGACUGGGAGCAAUUCAUCGACCUGCACAGUGUCUGUUCUAUUCUGAUACUUAGGCACGCUGGAGCCACGCCGAUGAUACGAUUGACUAAACCAGACCGAG